ACCAGUUUGCGCAACGACAACACCGUGGGAAACCACGAAACAACUUUAGCAAGGGGGCAUUUGACAAGAGAUACAACAGCAAUCAUGUCGACCACAGUAGAUAAGAUCAAGCACAUCGAGGAGGAGAUGGCCAAGACCCAAAAGAACAAGAACACCUCCUUCCAUCUUGGUCAACUUAAAGCCAAACUUGCGAAACUCAAGCGCGAGCUCCUCACUCCUUCAUCUAGCGGUGGUGGUGGCGGGGCAGGCUUCGACGUUGCGCGCACAGGUGUCGCCUCCGUGGGCUUCAUCGGCUUCCCCUCCGUAGGAAAGAGUACACUGAUGAGUCGGCUGACUGGUCAACAUUCCGAGGCUGCGGCAUACGAGUUCACAACGCUCACAACGGUUCCUGGUCAGGUGGAGUACAACGGUGCGAAGAUUCAGAUGUUGGAUUUACCCGGUAUUAUUGAGGGAGCGAAGGACGGAAAGGGUCGUGGACGACAGGUUAUCGCCGUGGCGAAGACGUGCCAUUUGAUUUUUAUCGUGCUGGACGUGAAUAAGCCGUUGACGGACAAGAAGGUCAUCGAAGCGGAACUGGAGGGCUUCGGGAUCCGUGUCAACAAGUCGCCGCCGAAUAUCGUCUUCAAGAAGAAGGAUAAGGGUGGACUGAGCAUCACCAACACCGUCCCGCUGUCGCACAUCGACCAUGAUGAGAUCCGUGCCGUCAUGCAGGAGUACAAGAUUAGCAGCGCAGAUAUCGCCAUUCGCUGCGACGCCACCAUCGACGACUUGAUUGAUGUGCUCGAGGCGAAGAGCCGGAGUUACAUCCCUGUUAUAUACGCACUGAACAAGAUUGAUGCCAUCAGUAUCGAGGAGCUGGACUUGCUGUACCGGAUUCCAAACGCUUGCCCGAUUAGUUCCGAGCACGGCUGGAAUGUCGACGAGCUCAUGGAGCAGAUGUGGGAGAAGCUAAAGCUAGUCCGCGUAUACACCAAGCCGAAGGGCAAGCUGCCCGAUUACUCAUCUCCAGUCGUUCUGCGCUCCACACGCUGCACCGUCGAAGAUUUCUGUAACGCCAUCCACAAAACCAUCGUCGACGACUUCCGCUCAGCGAUCGUUUACGGCAAGUCCGUCAAGCACCAGCCCCAGCGCGUCGGUCUGAGCCACGAGCUCGGGGAUGAAGAUAUCAUCACCAUCGUCAAACGCUGAGCCCAAACCAUCUAAAAGACAGAAAACGAUAAGGAUCCGCGGUUGUAAAUGAGGAGUUGGCGUUGAAGGAUUAAAUGUACGGAGGGCAUAGGGCAGGCUACGACUAGAGAGGGCAGUCGAAGGACGGUGCCAAAACCUAAGGACAGAUGGGUCCUAUAGGGGCGGUAUGCAUACGUACAGACGUAGAAGUGGACAGUGAUGCCUUGGUUCCAUGAGACGACCGGCAGAUUUAAAACACUUCAAAUUUAUAUAUAUAUAUAUAUAUAUAUAUAUAUAUUUUUCGGAUUUCACAUUUAAUAAGCGGCUGCAAGUGGGCAGUUGAAGAAGUAGAAGUAGAAAAGGAAGAGGAAGAAGAAACAGGGUUCUCAAUCCACUCUCCCUUGGAUUUGUUGCUUGGGAAAACAGACUACAGAGUAUUGCGUGGUUAAUUUGCCUCGAUCAAUGCGACAUGAGAACUGGAAUACCGUUCAGUACAGAGUUCACCUAUAUGGCCCCAAUAGAAUAGAUAUAUGCCACCGCUGCCUUCUCGUCACCGCUACCUUCUCGUCACUACCGCAUUCUCGUCGCUACCACGAACUGCCGUCACUCCCCGCUUCACCGUCAUUAUUUUGGCGCCGUAUUCUCUUAUAACUAUAAUUAAAACUUGCUGUUAUUCAUUAUGUGAGUAAAAGUGGGUUGCCCGCAACCCAUAGCUCUCUGGGUAUGCGUCGUUUGUAUCUUGUGGUUGUCAUUAGAAUGGGCGGUCACUAUUCUAGUAUUUAGCUCGAGAAAAUUGAGAUUGUUAGUUCAUUGACGUUGGUGCUACGAUAUCUCGAGGUGGGAUGGAGAUGAUAUAGACGAUGUAAACUGCGUAGCUUCGAGACAGGGGUUGACUGCGAAAUAGGGUGUUGUGCUUGUAUAUCUUGAAUAUAUAUCCUGAACUCCAAUUUGCAUCCCUUCGGUCUAGCCCGCAACAAAGGUAUAUCCCAAGACCAAAAAAUCCUCAAUGCUUGUGUAUCAUCCCAACUCCCACCAUCCCUUAAAAUCACCCUGAAAUCAACACUCCGAUCAAGAGGUAAUACAGUGGUGCCACAUAACCCCCCUUAAAGCUCUGUCUGUGUCGUCCCAGUCGUCUUCAUAAUCCCCCACUUCCACUCCGCCUCAUCACUCCCUCCCUUCAACUUACUCUGAC